GGGAAGUCCUGGAAGUCUCUGACCCUGGCAGAGAAGCGUCCAUUUGUGGAAGAAGCAGAGAGACUGAGGGUACAGCACAUGCAGGACCACCCCAAUUACAAGUACAGACCAAGGAGGAGGAAACAGGUGAAGAGGAUGAAGAGGGCAGACAAUGGAUUCAUGCACAUGUCAGAGCAGGCUGACCCAGUAGUCCUGGGUACUGAUGGGAGGAUGUGUGUGGACAGCUUUAAUCUGAGCUACCCGGAACCACCCUAUCACCACCACCACCAUGCUCAGCAUCCUCAGAGCAGCCACUAUAGGGAGUCUCAGGUAAUGGGUGCCAAUUAUGAUGGCUACAACUUGCCCACCCCUGAGACUUCUCCCCUGGACAUGGCAGAAAAUGACUCUGUGUUCUUCACCUCUUCAGUCCAGGAGGAAUGCCAGGUAAUGCCUUACAGCUACAGUGCUGCAUACCCUUCCCACCAGCAAAGUUCUGCCAACAGCAUACUUGCCAGGCAGAUGGCACAGACUGAGCAAAUGGGGCAAGGCAGCCCUGUGCAGAGCAUGAUGGGAUGCCAGAGCCCACCACAAAUGUAUUACGGCCAAAUGUACAUUCCCAGUACUGGAAGACAUAAUGCCGUGGCACAAAGUGGGCAGCCAUCCCCUCCUCCAGAAUCCCAGCAGAUGGCCAGAGCAGAGCAGGUGCAGCCACCUGAAAUGAUGGCUGAGGUGGACAGGACUGAGUUUGAGCAGUAUCUGAGUUAUGUGCCAAAGGCAGACAUAGGCGUGCAUUACCAUGGACAGGAGCAGCCUGGGAUCAAUUCAGAGAAUGGCCUGAUAUCCUCUGUCCUGUCUGAUGCCAGCACUGCUGUCUACUACUGCAAUUAUUCCAAUGUAUGA